UUGUCUUUUAGCAUGCUCUUACAUACAUUCCUUGUCCUCUUGCCGUUUCCUUUGUUUUGUCGGCAUAUCUUAAGCAUCUCUUUUAUUUUCUCUGAACCCUCCACACCACCCUCUCUCCCUUCCUGGAAUACACGUUUUUUUACUUUUGGUGCCUCCAUUGCUACAUUGGUCCUUCUUGAUAAUGGAAAUGUUGGUACCACCAUGGCUUGAAUCAUUAUUGUCGGCUGCAUUCUUCACCAUUUGCCCCAGGCAUAGAGAAGCCCCACGUAGCGAAUGCAACAUGUUCUGCCUUGAUUGCAACACCGAUUCCUUUUGCUUCUAUUGCCGAUCAACUCAGCACAAAGAUCAUCCUGUUAUUCAAAUCAGAAGGUCAUCGUAUCAUGAUGUUGUUAGGGUUGCUGAGAUUCAAAAGGUUUUGGACAUUAGUGGAGUUCAAACUUACGUUAUAAACAGUGCUAGAGUUCUUUUCCUUAAUGAGAGACCACAACCUAAGAGUAGCACUAGUAAAGGAGUCUCUCAUUUAUGCGAAAUUUGUGGGAGAAGUCUUCUGGAUCCCUUUCGUUUCUGUUCUUUGGGAUGUAAGCUUGUAGGAAUAAAGAACAGUGGAGAUACCAACUUUAACUUGAGCACCAAGAACGAGGAAAUUAGAGAUGGAAUGGCAAGAAGAUUGCCAUUAAAGGAAGAAGAAGAAUUGCGUGAAGGAAGCCAGCAAGACAUGUACAAAAGCACGCCAAUUCCACCACAUUCUACUUCAAGAAGGAGAAAAGGCAUCCCCCAUAGGGCACCUUUAGGACCCUAAUCAUUAAUUAGCAUGCUUAAAAACUCUUUUCUAUCCAGCUCAUUCUUCACAAGCCAGCAUAUGGGCCGGGGAAAGAUAAGAUUUGAUAAACAAAUUAGAGUAAUUAUGGAUUUCAAAGUUUUAACAAAGAAAAAUAAUUGUAGUUUACAA